AGGAAUGUACUACGCAUGCGCAGAGCUCGAGACCCGCCGGGACUCUCGGUUUCCCGCCGCGCGCGCGCUGAUUGGCCGCUGGCGGUAACGUGGGAGGGCAGCCGUUGGGCGUUGAGGCGGCUGGGGGCGGGCUGCGCUCAUCGGUGCGUUCCACUUCUUCUCCCUCCUCGUCGGUUCUCUUCAGCCGCUUUGUCUCCGGCUCCAGGAACUGAUUAUUCUGUGUUUCCGAAGAUGAAGAGGAAGGUGUCAAAAGUUGGGAAACUGAGGCUUAGUCCUAAUGAGGAAACCAUGCUUCUGAAAGAAGAGUAUGAAAGGAGAAGAAAACUGAGGCUGCAGCAAGUUAGAGAGCAGCAGAAGCAUAUAUCCUUGCAGAUAAGACAGAAAGUAAAGCAGAGGAGGGAAGAAAAGAUACAUCAGUUAGAGGAGGCAUUGAGAGCUGAAUGGCAGAAAGCACAAGAAGAGAAGAUGAAGGCUUUAGAACAACUGUUUUUAUCAAGCUUAAGAGCUGUUGGUGAGGGUCACCGACAAGCCAAGGAGAAUGAACCUGAUUUAGAAGCCCUGGCAAAGCAAGCAGAGGAAAGGAAGCAAAGAGCAGAGAAGAGACAUAAGAAAGCCUUGAAAGAGCAGAAGUUGCAAAAGGAGAAAUUAUUUUGUGAACAAGCCCGACGAAUAGAUGCACGUAAGCAUGCUCUGGAUGUGGAAAGAGAAAGAGCAGCCAGAGUUGCAAGCCUACCACCUCCUCCGCAACAUCCUCUUGAGAACCUGGAAGUGAAGAAGAUUCCUGCAGUGAAGGCCUACAGUGCUGGCAAAUUUUCCGUUACGCGUUACCAUCUUUCAGAACCUUACGUGGACAGAGAAAUGAACGGAGAACAGCCAGACGCUCGGUUAGCGGCCGAAGAGGAGGUGAAGCGUUUGAGGGAGCUACACGGAGAGGCGGAGAGGGAGAGAAGAGAGCAGCUUGAAAAGGCACAUCUCAGAGGAAGCCAUGCCUUGAAGAAGGUCCAUUUGGCUCAGGAUAGGGAAAGGCUACUGAAAGAACUUGAACAAAUGCAGACUAUGGAUCGAAUGCGCAGAAGACAAAUGGUAGCACAGAUGCCACCUCAGCUUUUUGUACCUGGAUACAAACGCGUGGAAAUGAAAGAGGACUGGCAGAGAGAAUUGGAGUUUGCCUUUGAAGAUAUGUACAGUGAAGACAGAAAAAUGAAAGGAGACUUGAUUUUGCAAUUUGAGCCACAGCCUUUGCCAUCCCCUUCUGAUAGAUCUCAAGAUAAUGAUCUUGAUCUCUCUUUGGAGCAAGAAUCUGUUUGUGACAGUCAACAAGAAUUGGGACGGAUGGCGGAAGAGGAGGUCCCUGCUGAAUCAGAAAGUCAUAAAGAGGUAAAAACUCAUCAACCUCAAUCAAAACUUGCCUUGAAGAAAUUGCUGAACAAGAUUAGAAGCCAAAAAGAGGAGUGGACAUCAAGAAGUGAGAAAGAGGUUCCAAGUGAAAUUGAGACUGUUGAAUCAGGCGCUAUUGCUAGCAAAGAGAAACAGUUGGUUGAUUUGGAACUUAAUGAUGAGCAACACAAAAAUUCUGUACGUGAAGCCAAAGAGUCUGUGGAAAUGUUGGAACAUAGAGUGGCACCUGAAAAUUCAGUUCUUAUCCAUCCUCAAGAACAAGCAGCUAAAAUUAGAAUGGAAAAUGAGAGACAGCAGUGGCUUGAGCAUAUAGAGCAGCAGAAACGGGAACAGCUGGACUUGCUGAAACAAAUUGAAGAAGAGAGGGCACAUCUGGAGAUCCAAAUGCAAACCUGUUUGGAAGAGGCUAAGAACAAGGAGGAGGAGGAAGAGGAAAGUCAGCCAGUACAAAGCUGCUGUGUUCCUUCUACAGAUCAACAGAAGAAGGCAGAACAUGAGACUGGAAGUAGUGCUGUGCCAGAAACUAGAAGUCUCGGAGAAGACAGCCACUUACAGAUGAUUCGUAAUUAUCAACAGCGCCUUCUGCAACAAAAUAGGCUGCACAAACAGACAAUCAGUGAAGCUAGAACGCAUCUACAAGAGUAUCAGAAUAAAUUGAAGCAAAGGUACUUGACUGAUCCUGUGAAAAUUUUAAGCUCUGUGGAAACAACAUCAAUUAAUUUAAAGCUUGUCUCAGAACCUGUUCUACAGAGGCAGAGAACGCAGCCUACACAGCACCAGUCACCUGAACGAGUUAGUGCAGAAGACUGCAUGCAGUCACUACCUCUUCUUUACAACAUAUGCAAUCUUCCUGAAGAUGCGUCUUCACAAAAACGCGGAGAGAAAGGGCAUAAUGUUUAUUGUGGUAGACACGUACAUUCUCUAGAACCGUCGAUUUUGAAGUUUGGAGAGUUUUUCUUGCCGCAGAGCUGUUCUUCGCAGGAACAAGUGGGAAUGUUAGAAAGCCCUGACAGUGAGGUCAGAGAACCAUCUGUGUUCCAGUUACCGUCAGCAUUAGUCACACAAGAUGCUUGUGCAGCCAGAACACAACUGGAAGCAGGUGUACAACAGGUUAGAUUUGCCUUACCUGCAGAACAUUCCUCUGAGCCUUCAGAAACAGAACACUUUAAGGAAUCACAUCAGAUGCUGUCUAACCAUCCAAUGGAAACAGAGGAAGAGCCUCCACCUAUGGCAACCCUUAUGCCAGCAACAAAAGGAUCUCCUGUAGCGCAGGCAGCCACAGUUGAUUCUUUGGCUUGUCAGCAGCGGUCUGCAGAGAGCCCCACCAGAAAAAGCCUUGAACCCGCUUCUUUUUCUGGACCUGUGGCUUUAUCCCAUGAAGAAGGUGUUGAGGAAUUCUUAGUAUCAAAAAGUGGAGAUGCAUCUUUGUUAAAUUAUUCCAGUAUACUGAACUUAAGGGACAGAAUGUUGGCCUCAUCAGAAAGCAUCCAAGCUCAGCAACAGUAUUUGAAAGAAUUGCAAGAGCAGCUAGAUGCACGUAGAGAAGCUCUUCUUUCUAGACAGAAAAUACAAGAACAACUGCUUAUACAGAAGCAGGAUAAACUGAAGGAACAGAUGCAGAAACAACAAGAGGCUUUGAAAGAGUUUCUGAACAAGCAGGUAAGACAUAGCAGCAUGAAUGAAGUAAUGACAGAGCCACAAAGCCCUGACUGGAUUAAUAAGAGUGACUUUUUCCAAGACUCAGAAAACUGCCAGCAAGAGAACUGUGACAUGAGUAAAUUUCACAGAGAUGAAAUGAUUUCACAGUACAUCAGUCUAGCUGGGCAAAUUGAGCAGCCUGAAAAAGUUCUGCAUAGAGAUCAGAAAUGGAGGUCUUCCAGACCACCUGUGACAAAAGUGAAGUUGGGGCUUGGUUUGGAACAACAUGAGCUCAGUGUUAUUCCAGAAGUGGACACACCAAGGAGUUGCAAUAUUUCUUUUGCAGGUAAAACAGGUUCUGUUGGUGGAGAGCCUUCUCCCAUUGCAGCUGCUGGGGAGUUUGUGUAUGUGAAAUGUUACGGUGAUGCUCUUCAUAAAGAAGGCAUGUCACCUGGGAGCACAACAAGCCGUGAGGAACGAGUUCCUGUUGAAAGUGCAAGGCAAAGCAAACAGUCUGGAUUAUUACAAGAGCUGCUGCUGAUGUCUGCUGAGAAUUCAUAUGAUUCAGCUCAGUCCCAAGAUUCUCUCAUGGCUCAAGAUUUGCCGGUUCUUGCUGCUGCAGUUGGAGAGGGCUCACCGCAUUCUGGACCAUCAUUAAGAGGCACUCAUGCGGAAGUACUUUCUAAGGUAGUGUCCAUGGAUGUAGGUUCAGAAGCUUCCAUGCAAGCAAUACUCUGUGAUUUAUCUUCAACUGUUUCCACUGGAAGCUUUUUGACUACAGAAACGCUGGAUGUCAGCCCUUCUGACACUGGAUUGUCUUCUGACAGCAUGGAAGAUCAAAUUUUGAAAAGAAUAGCAAGCAGCCCGUGGAACUCCUCACUGCCUUUUACCUUGCAGCAGAGGCAGGAGGAUCUGUCUGGUGUGCCUGAAACCCAGUUGCCUGAAGGAGUAACCUGCCUUGAUAAAGGAAGUCAGAUUCAGCAGAUCUUGGAGAAAUGUUGUGGAGAGUUGAACUCUUCAUCAGAGAACAGUAUGUGCUUUGAAGCUUUAGCAGCUGAGCUUGAUUUUCCUGAAACGGAGAGGCAUUUUCCUAACUUCUGCCAUCAGCUUUUCCAGCCUUUGGAACCAAGUCCCGCCUUCAGUGUUUCAUCAUCCAUUUCUCAUUACAAGACUCCACAAGACAACAAAGAAUUUAGGAAGACUUCAACAUUUUCAACAGAAAGUCAAGACCAGUCUGCAUUUCUAGAAGUGAGAAAUUCCAAUUUGAAGAUAGAAAGAGGCGGUCUGAUGGCCAGUCUUGAAACAGGCAAGCCAAAGAGCAUGACAGCAGAAGAGUGUUUCGAAGAGAAUAUUACUCUGGGUGUGGAAGAAUCUUUUCACCCACUGCAAUUAGAACUUGCUCUGAGCGAUCCCUGCCAGAAUGCUGCUCGGCCAGCUGGCGUCAACGCUGUGUCAGAGGGGUCCUUGGAACUAAAUCCUGGGAUUAAAAAUGGGUGCGACGAGAACGAUGUUUCAUCUGACAGACAAUAUGAAGAACUGGCAAGGAAAAUGGAAUGUAUUGGUCUCCAGUGUUCGAUGGAGGAUAUGCGAAACGAAAGUCUGAAUUCGCUGGGAGAACAGAAAUCAUUUUAUCAGCUCAAUACCACACCGGUUACAGUGGAUGAACCUUUCCCUCAACACACAUUAGAAGAGGGUGUGGCAUUCAAAAAAGAGAUUCUGUCUUCUGAAAAAUUUCCUAUCAAAUUACUUGAUAGGAAGUAUGUGAAGCUCCCUGAAAAAUUACUUCAUGUACAGGAAGCAAAUAAAGCUGUGGAGGUGGAUUCUCAGUGCAAUACAAACGCAGAGGAGCCGGAUGAAGGUUUUCCUCAAGUUCGGGUGUCUUUAAGGAUUACUGAAGACAUCAGCUUGAAAGCCCCAGAUGUUCAUUUACAGGCAACAGUAAAACAGAAUGCUUUCUGCCUGGGAAGACAAGUAAAACAGUCUAACUCUGUGCCUGGGAGCUCAUCUCGUAUUCCAAUCUGGGAGACUGAGUCAGGGCGUGGUAUUAUGGAAGAACCUGAACUCACUCUUGUGAGCUCAAAUGACAUCAGUAUUGCAGAAUCAGACCCUGAACACAUGAACCAAGAGAAGAGUAGCGAGGAUAAAACGAAUAACCCAGCGUGUGUGGAUAGGGCUGCCAUCAAUGUUCUCACUGAGAAAAGAGAAUUUUUACCGCCAGUUCCAGAUGCAGAUUGUUCAGUGCUCCUAAGGCCUGACAGCUCUUCCGAAGCCCAGAGCCCUAACGAGGGUUGGUUUCCAUCACAUCAAACUGCAGUGAUGCUGCUGGAGUCUGCUUCUGCACCAGGAAGUUUGCAAGAAUCUUUUUUGAAAAGAAAGAAGGACUUCAUCCAGAAAUCCCUGAAAAGAGUAGAAGAAAUAAAACAGAGAGAGAGAAAAAAUGAGAAGCCAGAAGGCAGACGGUUUCAAAGGAGAAAGCCUGAGGCAUUAAGCAGGCAAAAGGAGCGUCUUGUUAUCCCUGAAAGAAAAAAAGAUGCAGUUGUCAAUCAGCUGAAGAAAGUAGGAGAAGUGAAAGUGUCGUCUCCAGAAGACAGGAAGGCUGGGGAAGCUGAAAUGUAUCAGCGCACCUCAAGACUUUAUAAUCAGCUUUCAGAAGUAAAAAUCAGAAAAGAAGAAAAAUCAAGGCAGGAAACUUAUGCUAAAAACAGAGAAAGGGCUAAGGAGUUCCAAAAGAAAAUGCUGGAAAAACUACGAGCCAAGAAGCCAGGGAAAACACCCUGACUGGGAGAAGCCUCUGAACAAGAAACAGGGCUGUGUUGAUACAAUUCAGAAUAUCUAACAGUGAGAUCUGUAUUAAACUAAUUCAGUGUGGCCACAGUUCCCAAGCUUACAGAUGCUUUCUGUAGUGCUAUCUACCUUUAACACGUGGCAACCAUGAAUGACAUUGCAGGAAAGCUUUUUUGUGCCUUAGUGUUUUAUAGAGUUUUUACUACUUGUAAUAUACAUUGUGCAAAACAUCCUCUAAUAAAAAGUGUUUAAAAAAAACUUGAGUUCAUAGCAUA